AUGAAUCCACUUUAUAUAACGUUGUUCAAAGGGCUGAUAUCAAUGAAAAAGUCGAAAGAAGUGUUGAACUUGUAUGAACAGAACAAAAUGAAGUUGGACGAAGGUGUUUUUGUGAUGGUAUCAAAGGCAUGUUCUGAAAUAUGUGAUGAUCGAGCGAUGAGGAUAGGAAAACAGUUAAUCGAUAGUUUACCUAGAGACUUGAAAGGUACUGAAAAAGUGAUGAACUCGACGAUCCUUAUGUUGAUGAAAUUUGGAAACGUCGAUGAAGCUGAGCAACUCUUUCGCCAGAUGAAACACCAAUCUAUCUACACUUAUGGUGCUAUGAUGAAAGGUUAUAACGAUAAUAAAAUGUUUGAGAAAACAUUGGAUCUUUUUGAGACCUUACCAUUCGUUGCGAACGAAGCGAUCUACACAAUGGUUCAAAGCUCUUGCUCUCAGGUUAGAGAUGAUCGUGCGAGAAGAACUGGAAAACAGUUAAUCGAUAAUUUACCUGAAGAUUUGCAAGGUUCUGAAAAUGUGAUGAACUCGACGAUCUUUAUGUUGAUGAAAUUUGGAAACGUCGAUGAAGCUGAGCAACUCUUUCGUCAGACGAAACACCAAUCUAUCUACAUUUAUGGUGCUAUGAUGAAAGGUGAGUAA